AUGAAUUAACAAUAUCUAUAAGUUCCUAUGUCAUAAAGUAGAUAGUCAUUCACUAAUGAUAAGUACUAAACUACUUCAGGUGUGGUUUCGAGUGCUGAAAAGUAAAUAUAAUAUUUUAAAUUAGACGUGUGAUUGAGAUCAAUUAAAGUACUAAAAAAAGUAUAAUUUAUGAAGAUAAGUAAAUAACUAAUCAUAUUAAUAGACGUUAUGAAGAAUUAUUACAAGACAAUAGAAAAUUGAAAGAAGUGAUUGAACAAUUAGAUAAGGACAAUUAAUAAUUGAAGCUAAUGUCAGGAGAAAGUUAUAAUUUAAAGCAAAAAUAUAUGAUUAAUCAAGCUGAAUUAGAAGCAGCUUAAUAAGAAUUGGCUAAAUUACGAUCAUAAUUAUUAAUGAGAAAUUCAUAAGAUGCUGAAUCAUCAAGUUUAGUUACUAGAUACAAAUAAGACAUUUCUACAUUAACUUAAUAAUAAAUAAGAUAUUAAUAAGGUAUUCUAUAUAAUAUUUAAUCAUUUAGAGAUUACUUAACUUAAUGCCAUAUUAGCUGAACAAAGAAAAUAAGUAGAUGAAUAUUUGAGAAUGAAGAUUAAAUAUGAAUAGGAUAUAUAGACUUAUAAAAAUAGAGCAUCUUCUUUGGAAUUAGAAAUUAGAACUGUUAAAGAACAAAGGAAUUCUUCUACUUAGAGUGAAAUUACUAGAUUGAUGUAGGAAAUAGCAAGAUAUCAAUCUGAAGUUUAAGUAAGAACUUCAGAUAAGGAACUAUAUGAAAGAACUAUUUAAACUUUAAAAGAUAAAAUUAAAGAAAUGGAUAAUGAUAUUUAAAUAUUAAUAGAAGCACAUAAUUAAAACUAGUAUAAAUUGGAAUCUGCAAUGGCAGAAUCAAAAGGUAAUAUGUAAUAUGAAAUUGAUCAAUUAAGAUAAGAAGUAAAUUUCUAUUAAACUUAAUGCAAAUAAUGGUAAGAGAAAUGUUAAGUAUUUGAAUUAUAAAAGGAAGAAAGUGAGAGAAGAAUUAUUUAAAUGGAAAUUAGAGUAAAUGAAACUAAAAAAUAAAUAGAAUAAUAAUAAAAUGAAAAAAUAUAAAGAGAUAGUUGGUAAAUACAUACAAUUUAAAAUGAAUUAGAAAAUUGGAAAUAAAAAUACAUAUAAUUAGAAAUUAAAAAUAAGGAUUAUGAAACUUAUAGGAUAAAAAUAAAAUAAUUAGAAGAUUAAAAUAAUUAAUUAAGAAUAGAAAAAUAACAUAUUUAAGAAGAAUUAUAAAUUUUAGUAAGUGAAUUCAAAUAAAUUUAAGAAUAAAAUAAUGGAUAUAGAUUAAGUAUUACUUAAUUAGAAAAAUAAAAUAGAAAUAUAGAAGAAUCUGAAAGAUAUAAAAUGUAAAUUAAUUAAUUAAAUUAACAAAUUAAUAAUUAUAAAAUUGAAAUUAAAGAAUUAAAAGAAUAAUACAUUGUAUAAUAAUAAGAAAAACGAAUUGAAAUUCAAUAGACUACAUAAUAUUAAUAUGAACUUGAAAAUCAUUAAAAGGAGAUUGAAAAAUUAAGAAGAGAAUAUAGAUAAAUUGAAUAAUUAUAUCAUGAAAUGGAAGUUUAAGUUAAAUUAUGGAAAGAAAAAUUUUAUAAUGAAUAAUUACAACAUUAAGAAGUUAGAUAAUUAUUGAUUGACACUAAGACAUAAUAUGAAUCUAAUACUUAUGUUCUCACUUAAACAGAAUAAGAUAAACAUAAAAUUCAAUAAAUGGAAUUAGAAUUAAUUAAAUUACAAGAAGAAAUUCGUGUUCAUAAAAUAAGAGAAGAAAAUUAUAAAGAAUAAAUUACAACUUAUACUAUGACUAUAGAAAAUAUUAAAUAAAAUCAAGAUCAAUCUAGAAAGGUUAAAUAAUUAGAAAUGGAUAUUGAAUCUUUGAAAUUGAAGUGUAGAGAUUUAGAAAAAUAAUUAUUAGAUAAAAGAAAUGAAUUUAAUUUAUUAAAAAGUGAUUGGGAAGUAGAUAAAUAAAAAAUUGCAGAAUUAAAAGCAUCAAAUGAAGUACUUCUCAAAAGAAAACCAGAGAUUGUUAAAGAAGUUAUUGAAACUUCUUCAAAAUAAGAUAAAUUAAAAAUAUAAGAAUUGGAAUAAUAAUUACAUCUAUUCAAAUUAUAAUAGUAAUAAGUUUCAUCAUCUAAAUAAGAAGUUAUUAGAGAAACUAUAAGAGAGACUGUGUAAGUAAGAAGUUAAGAAGAUAUCAAAUUGAUUGCUAGUUUAGAAGAAGAAUUGUAAUUAUGGAAAACUAAAUACUAUGAAUUAGAUAGAAGAAAGAAUUAAGUUGUUGUAGAAACUAUAAGAGAAGUAUAAUCAUCAGAAACUGAUAAAAUGAGAAUUUAAGAAUUAGAACAUUAAGUUAAAUAAUCAUCAGCAAAAAAAUAAGAAAUUAUUCGAGAAUAUAUCACAUAAACUGUUGAAGUUCCAUCAGAAGAAGAUAAAAUAAGAAUCUAAUAGUUGGAAACACAAUUAAAUAACUUAAGAUAAGAAAAUUAUUUAUUAAAUUAAAGAAAAUAAGAGGUUAUAACACAAUAAAUUACUGUUGAAGUACCAUCUUAAGCUGAUAAAUAAAUAAUCUAAUCUUUAGAAUCUUAAAUAGUCAAAUUAAAGAAUUAAUUAGAUAUUGUUACUUAAAGUAAAUAAGAAGUAAUAAGAGAAAUAAUUACUGAAAGAAUUGAAGUCCCUUUAGAAUCUGAUAAAUUAAAAAUCUCAUAGUUAUAAGCAUAACUAUAACGUUUAUAAAAGGAAUAUUAAUAUUUAGAAUAGAAAAAAUAAGAAAUUAUUAAAGAAACAAUUACAGUCGAAGUUCCUUCAUAAGCUGAUAAAUAAAGAAUUUAACAAUUAGAAUCUUAAUUAUUAUAAUUAAAAAAAGAAUUGUAAAUAGUUUCAUCUAAAAAAUAAGAAGUAAUUACUGAAUACAGAACUGAGAGAGUUGAAGUACCUUUAGAAUCUGAUAGGGUAAGAAUUAAAUAAUUGGAAAGUUAAUUACAAAAAAUGUAAAAUGAUUAUUAUGUAUUAAAUUAAAAAAAGUAAGAAAUAAUAAAGGAAACAAUUACAGUAGAAGUUCCAUAAUAAUCAGAUUAAUUAAGAAUAUAAUAGUUAGAAUCAUUAGUGUUGUAAUUAAAAUAGAAUAUAUAAACAAUUUAAUAAUAAAAAUAAGAAGUAAUUAGAGAAAUAGUUACAGAAACAGUUGAAGUACCAUCAUAAAAAGAUAAAUUAAGAAUUUAAUAAUUAGAGGAGGAAUUGCAAAGAUUAAGUUAGGAAUAUUAUUAACUUAAUUAAAAGAAAUAGUAAGUUAUCAAGGAAACGGUAACUGUAGAGGUGUCUUCAUAAGCAGAUAAAUUCAGAAUAUAAUAAUUAGAAUCAUAAGUUUCACAAUUAUAGACAGAUUUAAGAAUAGUUCAACAAUAGAAGCAAGAAGUUAUUAGGGAAAUAAUUACAGAAAGAGUGGAAGUACCAAUGGAAUCGGAUAAAAUUAGAAUAAGGUAAUUGGAAGAUCAGUUUUCUUAAUUAUAAAGAGAUUAUAAUUAAUUAAAUUUAAAGAAAUAAGAAAUUAUAAGGGAAACUGUAACAGUAGAGGUUUCUUCAUAAGCUGAUAAGUAUAGAAUAUAAUAAUUGGAAUAAUCAUUGCAAUAAAUGAAAAUUGAGUAUUUGAAUUUACAAAAUAAUUAUGAGAUUAUUAAUAAGAAAAAGUAAGAAGUGAUAAAAGAAAUAAUUACAGAAAGGGUAGAAGUAUCAUCUCCUGCAGAUAAAUAAAGAAUUGCAUAAUUAGAAUCUUAAUUAAGUAAUUUAACUAUGGAAUUAUAAAUAAUUUCAAAAAAGAAGUAAGAAACAAUAAGAGAGGUGAUUACAGAAAGGAUUGAAGUAUCAAAGGAGUCAGAUAAAAGAAGAAUUAUUGAAUUAGAAUAAGACUUACAUAAAUUAUAAUAAGAUUAUAUUGCAUUAAAUAAGUGUAAAUAAGAAGUAAUCAAAGAAACGUAUACAGUAGAGGUUCCAUCUUAAGCUGAUAAAUUUAGAAUAUAGUAAUUAGAAAUGUAGCUUUCAUAAUUAAGAAGUGAAUAUUAGGUUUUAUAAUCUAGAAAAGCUGAGGUUGUUAGGGAAGUAGUAGAAGUACCUGUUGAAUCUGAUCGAAUAAGAAUUAGAUAAUUAGAAUAAUAACUUAAUACUUUAUAAUAAGAUUACUUUAUGUUAAAUUAAAAGAAAUAAGAAAUAAUUAAAGAAACAGUAACAAUUGAAGUUCCUUCAGAAGCAGAUUAAUAUCGUAUUAGAUAAUUGGAAUAGUAAUUAUCUACAUUAAGAGACAAUCUUACAACUAUUUAAAAAUAAAAGCAAGAGGUUUAAAUAAUAAAAGAAACAAUAUAAGUGAGUAAGUAAGAGGACUUAUUUAAGAUAUAAAGUUAAGAAAGAUAAAUGUUAUAAUUGUAAAAUGAAGUUUAAAUUUAUGAAAAACAAUUAAAAGAAUAUUAGAAUUCUUAUCUUGAGUUAGAAUAAGAAUUAAAAAAUAUUAGAAUACAACUUAGAAAUUNUGUAGAGGUGUCUUCAUAAGCAGAUAAAUUCAGAAUAUAAUAAUUAGAAUCAUAAGUUUCACAAUUAUAGACAGAUUUAAGAAUAGUUCAACAAUAGAAGCAAGAAGUUAUUAGGGAAAUAAUUACAGAAAGAGUGGAAGUACCAAUGGAAUCGGAUAAAAUUAGAAUAAGGUAAUUGGAAGAUCAGUUUUCUUAAUUAUAAAGAGAUUAUAAUUAAUUAAAUUUAAAGAAAUAAGAAAUUAUAAGGGAAACUGUAACAGUAGAGGUUUCUUCAUAAGCUGAUAAGUAUAGAAUAUAAUAAUUGGAAUAAUCAUUGCAAUAAAUGAAAAUUGAGUAUUUGAAUUUACAAAAUAAUUAUGAGAUUAUUAAUAAGAAAAAGUAAGAAGUGAUAAAAGAAAUAAUUACAGAAAGGGUAGAAGUAUCAUCUCCUGCAGAUAAAUAAAGAAUUGCAUAAUUAGAAUCUUAAUUAAGUAAUUUAACUAUGGAAUUAUAAAUAAUUUCAAAAAAGAAGUAAGAAACAAUAAGAGAGGUGAUUACAGAAAGGAUUGAAGUAUCAAAGGAGUCAGAUAAAAGAAGAAUUAUUGAAUUAGAAUAAGACUUACAUAAAUUAUAAUAAGAUUAUAUUGCAUUAAAUAAGUGUAAAUAAGAAGUAAUCAAAGAAACGUAUACAGUAGAGGUUCCAUCUUAAGCUGAUAAAUUUAGAAUAUAGUAAUUAGAAAUGUAGCUUUCAUAAUUAAGAAGUGAAUAUUAGGUUUUAUAAUCUAGAAAAGCUGAGGUUGUUAGGGAAGUAGUAGAAGUACCUGUUGAAUCUGAUCGAAUAAGAAUUAGAUAAUUAGAAUAAUAACUUAAUACUUUAUAAUAAGAUUACUUUAUGUUAAAUUAAAAGAAAUAAGAAAUAAUUAAAGAAACAGUAACAAUUGAAGUUCCUUCAGAAGCAGAUUAAUAUCGUAUUAGAUAAUUGGAAUAGUAAUUAUCUACAUUAAGAGACAAUCUUACAACUAUUUAAAAAUAAAAGCAAGAGGUUUAAAUAAUAAAAGAAACAAUAUAAGUGAGUAAGUAAGAGGACUUAUUUAAGAUAUAAAGUUAAGAAAGAUAAAUGUUAUAAUUGUAAAAUGAAGUUUAAAUUUAUGAAAAACAAUUAAAAGAAUAUUAGAAUUCUUAUCUUGAGUUAGAAUAAGAAUUAAAAAAUAUUAGAAUACAACUUAGAAAUUCUUAAAAAUCUAAUUAGGAUUAUUAAGAAUAAUUGAAUUAGAUUUAAUUAAGAAUAGAUGAAGGAUAGAAAUAAAAAUAAAUUUUAUUAUAAUUUGAAAGAAGGGAAUAGGAGUUUGUAGAAUAAAUAAAAUUAUUAGAAAGAAGAAAUGAGGAAUUAAGGUAAGAAAGAGAAAGAUAUUAAGAAUAUGAAAGAAAAUUGAAUUAUUAUAAGGAAGAGUAAUUAUAAAAUGAGAAAUUAAUGGAAAGACUUAAAAUAGAAAUAUAAUCAUAGAAGAAAUAAUAUGAAGAAAGGAUAAGUAUUUAAGAAAGUUAAUUUAAGAAGGAGAUAACAAAUAUAUAAUCUUAAUAAUUGAAUAAUAUUAAUUAAGAGUUAUAAUAUUUAGAGAGUUCUAAAAAUAGGGAAAUUAAAGAAUAUAAAUAAUAAAUUGAAUUAUUAUAGAAAGAAAAUUAAAAAAUAAUAGAUUCAAUGAGAUGUAAAAAUGAAGAGAAUGAAUAAUGGAAGAGAAAAUAUAUUGCUUUAUCAACUGAAGUUAAUACUACAUCUGGAGAAUUUGAAUCUAUAAAAAUGUAAUUAAAAUCAACAGAAUAAAGUAGAGAUACUAUAAAAGCUGAAUUAGAUAGAGUUAAUAAAAUUUAUUUUUAAUGUUAAAAUGAAUUAACAUAAUAAAAAUCAAAAAAUAAUGAACUUGAAUUAAAAAUAAGAUAAUUAAAUCGUGAAAAUUAAGAUUAUUAAGAUAGAUAUUAAUCUAUUGAUUUUGAGAAAAUUAAUAGAUUAGAAUUAGAAAAUAAAAGAAAAGUUGAAGUUAUUUAAUAAUUAGAAUUACAUAUCAGAACUAUAGAAAAUGAGAAAAAGACAUCAAUAAAUAGUGAAUCAAAAAUUAGAGAUUUACUUAAUUAAUUAUAAGAAAAAGAACUUGAUAUAUAAUAAUUACAUGAAAUGAUUCAAGAAUUAUCAACAACUAUUAGAUAAUUAAAAUUAGAACAUGAAGCAAUUUUAGAUUAAUCAAGUAAAUAAUAGAUUAUCAUAAGAGAAACAUAAAAGUAAAUUAUUUUAUAUAUAUAUAUUAAGUAAUUAAAAACUAGUUGAAUUAGAAACAAGAAUUGAAGGUUUGAAUGCUGAAAUAUAAAGAUAAAUGAUGUUAAAAGAUUAAAUUUAACUAAAACAUGAUAAAUUAAUUGAAAGAGUAUAAAAUUUAUUAAUUAUUAGGCAACAGAAUAUGAAUCAGAAAUUAAUAUGCUUAGAAAUGAACUAUCUAAAACAUAAAAGAGAUUGAGCUCAAAUAAUACAAAUACUGCAUAUUUUGUAUCAAAAAAUUAUGAAGUACAAAGAACUGGUGAUGUUGUAAAUAAUACAACAGGAUUAGUUUCAGGAUUUAAUUUAGAAGACUCUAAAAAAAUUAAAUCAAUUGUGAAUACUGCUUAAUAUAGAUCUGAGACCUCUAAUUACAAUUCAGGAGUUAAAGAAUCAUAAUAUUCAAAUAAAUCAUCUUCAUAAAUUUAAUAAUUUAAUCCUCUUAGAUCUGAUGUAUAUAUUAUUAUAUUUAUUAGAUAAUCAAAUAAAAAGCACAAUAUUUUAGAAGUGAAGAAUACCAAAACAUUUGA